UCGUCGAAAUGGAACACGGUCGCUAUGGCAACGACCCCUUCGGAACCCUCGGCGACAGUGGGCGGAAUGUUCUGGCCCUGAAUGUGCUGUUGCUAGGCGAACGGCAGAGUGGGAGGAGCUCUGUGGGGAAUGCUCUGAUUGGUGGAGAGGAUUUCCAAACAGGCGCCUGCGUUUCUGAUGUUUCCGUGACGACCAACCACGAGCUCCGCAGCCGAAACUUCCCGAGGUACUUCAGACGACAGGGGGCGGAGUCCGACCUCACACUGAGAGUGGUUGACACGCCCCCUGCUGCUGUGCCCCGCCCACAGAGCGGCGUGCAGGAGCUCUUCCCUGAGGGCGUGCACGUUCUUGUGCUCGUUGUGAGAGCGGACCGACCGCACAGCAACACACACCUGGAGGAGCAGGUUGAGACUCUCUUUGGUCCUGAAUGGCGGCGUCACGCUUUGCUCGUUCUCACGUAUGCUGACUGGCUGAAGGAGGCGGGGCUUCACCAGUCAGUCUACCUAACGCAGGCCAAUGAUUGGCUGAGAGCUCUGGCUGAGGAGGUGGAGGGAGGAGUCUUCUUCUUGGACAACAGCUGCGGUUGGCCGUCAAUCCGAGGACGACCGCUGAGAGACCGACUGCUCUGCCUCUCGGCGAGGAACCAUCACGGAGCUCUGACCAUCAGGACGUCUCACUCUGGACUUUAA